AUGUCAAAAGCCAAACCGCUGUCGAAAGCCAAUAUCUCUUCUAAUUGGAAAAAGUUGCUACCUCAAGUUGCGCCUAAAUCCUCCAGUACAAAGAAAAGAAAGAAUGAAGAAUUCGAAAUAAGUCCCAACUACAAAUGCUUCAACAAGAAGCAGAAAAUACAGAAGCUGAAAUCCAAUUUUGAAGCAACCAAAUCAAAAACGACAACGACUACCAGUACGUCUACAGUGACAACCACCACCACAGAACAAGUGAUACCCAAUAAGGACGAAUUAUGGUUUGCAGAGGAUGUCGAUGAAGAAACUCUCAAACAAGUGUAUACACCCAAAGAAACCGCCAAAGAACGUCAACAACGCAAAAAACAAAUCCUUCAUACCAUGAACACUGUCUCUGGAGAGGCAGCUAAAUUGGGCAAAUAUGUCGCUAUUGAUUGUGAAAUGGUGGGUGUUGGACCAGACGGCGUUGAUUCAGCUUUAGCUCGUGUCUCUAUUGUCAACUACAACGGUGCUGUCGUUCUCGAUUGUUACGUUCAACCAGUAGAGCCUGUGACGGAUUAUCGUACAGCCGUCAGUGGGAUCGAGCCUCAUCAUUUACUCGCUUCGAACGGUGCCCUCACAUUCAAAGAAGUGCAAUUUAAAGUAGAAGAGAUCAUCCGCAAUCGUAUUUUGGUGGGUCAUGCAGUGUAUAAUGAUUUACAAGUGCUUAUGUUAUCGCAUCCUACCCUGCUCAUUCGGGACACCUCUCGUUAUAAACCUUUCAGGAAACUAGCGAAAGGGCGUACGCCUGGUUUGAAAAUGCUGGUCAAAGAGUUACUGGGUCUUACUAUCCAACAAGGAAGUCACUCAUCGGUAGAAGAUGCACGAUUCACGAUGCAAUUGUAUAAACAUGUAAAGCCUGAGUGGGAAAAAUCAUUCGGUGCACGAUCAGGCUUGAUCAUUAAGAAGUUCCUGGCUAAAGAAGAAAAGAUUGCAGAAAAGAAAAAGUUGAAAGAAGAAGAGAAGGCAAGCAGGAAGAACAAGAAGAAAUCUGUAUCCUUCAAUGAUGAAGAUGACAGUCAUAGUGAUAGUGAUGUUAGUGAGGAGGAGGAAGAAGAGAGCGAUGAUAAUUCUGAUAGCAGUGAUGAAGAAUAA